ACUUUCCUCUCCGCUUAGUCCCGGCUACAGCUUCACACCGCCAGGUCGUUUCCAGCGGUAGUUGCGCUUCCGUCUUUGUUGGUUUGUUUGUUUUACUAGCGAGCUCGGACAGCAUCAAGAGACACUCCAGCCGGAUCCAUGUCAUAGCACAGAUUUAGUGGAAAAUGAUAAUCUGCACGAAUAAAAUGGAGUAUCCCUUGAGAUCGCAGUGCCAUCGAGUACAGAAACAGGUGAUGGUGAACGGAGAGAAGGAGCGGGUCUCGUUGCUGGUCAUGAAGAAACUGGUCAGUAGGGGCAGCGUGGAUGCCGUGUCUCAGCAGAUGGCGUCUCACCCUCAGUAUCUGAAGAGCUUCCUGCACACGCAGCACUACAUCCUGCACAUGGACGGCCCCCUGCCGCUGCCGUACCGCCACUAUAUCGCCAUCAUGGCGGCCGCACGACAUCACUGCAACUACCUGGUGUACCUACACUCUGCCCAGUUCCUGAGGGUGGGCGGGGACCCUCUGUGGCUGCAGGGUUUGGAAGCAGCACCCCCCCGCCUCCGCCUUCUCGACCACAUCAACAAGGUGCUGGCCCACCAGCCCUGGCUCACCACCUGCUCCCACAUCCAGACCCUGCUGAAAGCAGGCGAACAGUGCUGGUCUCUGGCCGAGCUGGUCCAGGCCGUGGUGAUCCUGGCCCACUGCCACUCCCUCUGCAGCUUUGUGUUUGGAUGCAACACAGACUCGGACCUUGUUCCUCUCGCCAAAUCUCCCAACGGUACCCCGCCGACCUUCUGCCCCUUCGAUGCUGCCAACGGCAACGCCAACGUGCCUCAGUCGCUCGCCGCUCCCUCUGAACACAGAACACGACGACGGUCUCUAGACUCCAGCUGUGACAUGGUUUGUCUGAAGGAGAGGAUCCAGAAGUCCCAGGAGGAGCAAGAGAGGAGGGACGAGCGUUUUCUGCAGACGCAGACUCUCCAGCAAACAGACAUGGAAGAAGAGGAGGAGAUGAUUUGCUUCGCAGAUCCGUCGCGCUUCGUCACCGACGCCGACUUCUGCUACCAGGAGUUCGCCCGCAGAGACGAGGACCGCUUCCAAGUGCUGAGAGUCCAGGACUAUUCAUGGGAAGACCACGGCUUCUCCUUAGUUAACAGGCUGUACUCGGACAUCGGCCACCUACUGGAUGACCGGUUCAGGAGCGUGGCCACCCUGCCCUCCAUGCACAGCCCCGAUCUGAAGAGGGCCAUCUGGAACUACAUCCACUGUGUGUUAGGAAUACGAUACGAUGAUUACGAUUACGGAGAGGUGAAUCAGUUGCUUGCACGAGAUUUGAAGCUGUACAUCAAAGCUGUGGCAUGUUACCCGGAUGCCACGAAAACCCCGGUUUGUCCUCUCAGCUGGACUCUGCUUAAAGCUACAGAAAGGAUACACGUAAACCUGCUCAUCAUGGAGGCGCGGCUGCAGGCGGAGCUGCUGUACGCGCUGAGAGCCAUCACUCAGUACAUGAUCGCCUGAUGAGGAGCAGUACUCAGAGACUCGAGGACAAAGCCGUCUCAUGACCCUGGGGACGAAGAGCGGCACUUUUAAGGACACGCAACCCGGUUGUUCGUGGCUGUGCCUCAUUACUUCUCUCUCUCAGAUUUAUUGUAUUUAUACCGCAGUGUGCCAUACCCUCUGCUCUCACCCCUCAUGCUGUGUGUCUUCUAAUGAGGUCUUCAGAAAAUAUCCUGGCUCUCAAAGGUUAUGUGCAAUUAUUAGUACUUAUUUAAAUUUUUACCUCCUGCCGUGUGUUCCAGUUCCUCUCCGUGGCCAACACUCCUUUUUUUGUUGUUGUUAAACAAAUCUCCUUUUGUAUUAAGCUUUCUUAAAAAAAUGUUUUUGUACAAGUUGAAUGAAUGUUAUUGGGAGCCCUUCUUUUUUUCAGUUUUGAAGGACCUUUAGUGGACUGUGAAGGUAAUUUAGCUCUCCCUGAUAUUUCGUAUUAAUGCUGGUCAAGAACAAAAACAGCCAUGACACUGCUGGAAGUUAUCACAUCACCAUAGUUUCUUUUAAUAAGCACUUUUUAAAACAAAUAAACAAAAAAACUUUAUAUAUAUUUAUAAUGCAAUGUAGCUCGUGGGUAGACGAUGAUAAAACUUGUGGGUCUGACAAUUUUCUUCUUCACUGUUGUAACUUUUUUGACUGUUCUCAAACUUUCCCACUUUGUUUUACGUCAGAUUUCUGCGCGAAGGUACUCGAUUUAUGGUAUUUGAAAAAUUUGUUUUGUUUCUUUGGUAACAUUUUGUCAGAAAGGUGAAAAAAAAAGGGUUUGUACAAAAUUUCAAAUUGGUAUUGAAGCUAAUCUGAGCUUCUUGGUGUUUGUUUUUUUUACUGAUAUGUUCAGGAAAUAUUCAAUCAUUAAUGUUAAGAACCCAACAUUAUAUAGAAAUAAAUUGAUUAAAUUGUAUAAAUAAAGAGCUGCACUGUUCCAAAGUUUAGAUUAUUGAUUUAAUGAUUGUUUCUAUAUUGCACCAGAGCUGAUUAUUUGGAGUUUUGAAAGCAGAACUGUUUUUUCUUUUUUGUUAGUUUUUUUAAAUAUGUUUUUUCUAAUAUUUUGAGUACUUUGUUUUUCUGGGUGUGACUGUAGGACCUGCUUGUUGCGCUGUUGUCUGGCUAGAUAUCCAAGUUUAUCAGACGGAUUCGGAGACUUCAGGAGGAAACAAGUGCAUGUUUGGCAAAAGCAAAACGCGUCGUUAACCCAGGUGACUUCAGACGUGGAGGCAGGUUACUGCAGCCGGGAGAUGCUCCCAAAUGUAAAAUGUGUGACUCUCCUUACAGAAAUGAGAACAGAUUCUUUUUUUUUGUCCCGGUGUUGGCUGGCGUCAUUUUGGUAAAUGCUGGAGCUGUGAAUGUCCUCUAUUUCAAUCUGAUACCUUACAAACACUGCAAAGAGGUUCUGACAAAGAUGUUUGAACCAUCUUUGGAUCAUUUCAGUGAAAAGACGGUUGGAUACAGUAAGAUGAGAGAACAAGUGCAAAAUACAAAUGUUUUUUGAAAAUGUGAAAAAUUUUCUAUAAAAAUACUCUUCAAAA